AAAACGUCCUGGGUGUUCAGCUACCUCCUGGCUCUGGUCCAUUUGGUUCUCAUCCUGAGGCUGCCCUUCUGCCGGCCUCAUGAAGUCAACCACUUCUUCUGUGAGAUCCUGUCUGUCCUCAGGCUGGCCUGUGCUGACACUGGGCUCAACCAGCUUGUCAUCUUUGCUGCCUGUGUGUUGAUCUUAGUGGGGCCCCUGUGCUUGGAGCUGGUCUCCUACACAUGCAUCCUCUUUGCUGUGCUGAGGAUCCAAUCUGGGGAGGGCCGCAGGAAGGCCUUCUCCACCUGCUCCUCCCACCUCGGCGUGGUCGGGCUUUUCUUCAGCAGCACCAUCGUCAUGUACAUGGCCCCCAAGUCCAGCCAUCCUAAAGAGCAGCAGAAGGUCCUUUCCCUGUUUUACAGCCUUUUCAACCCCAUGCUGAACCCACUGAUCUACAGCCUGAGGAAUGCAGAGGUCAAGGGUGCCCUAAGGAGAGUACUGUGCAAGGAGGGACCAACUUGA